CAUUAUUAUUGUUGCUUUUCCGAAAGUGUUUUGGAAUUCAACGCAUUUACCAAUAAGGCAAUGAUUUUAGCGUUUCGAAGAUGGUGUUGGAAUUCACGUUGCGAAAGCAGCCCUCGAAGAAUCACCCCAAAGAACAAAUUCCUUCCUUAUGUUGUUAGUCUUGUGGCCAUGAAGCUGAUAGUCAUGAUGCUGCUAGCGUCCAAUAAGCGCAGCCAUCCGCAAAGAAUGGGAGCUCUGUCAGCUGAUUCCUCAAUGACAGUAACGGCUGUGGACACGAUAGGGAAAGACGAGAUGGACAACCAACGCUACUGGAAAAUUCUAGAGAACUUGGAGGAAGCGGAAAUUGAGGGAACAGCAACUAACCGCACACACCCUUCCUCCAUUUGGCUAAUUUAUAACCGAGUACCGAGAUGCGGUGGGUUGACCAUGGUUUUCCUUAUGAAGGAAUUGGCUAAAGUUAACAGAUUUGCCCACCAACGACAUCAAUAUAGGACUCCUUGGAACAGGUUGUUAAUUGAAGAAGAAAUGAAAAAUUUGGUUACGUGGUUCGAGUAUCAACACCAAGCAAAAAGCUAUGACCGCCAUUUCCUCCAUGUCAAUUUCACUCGGUUUCAGCGGUAUACUAAGAAUCUCCGGCCCACUUACAUGAACAUUGUGCGUGAUCCAGCUGAGCGAGAAUAUUCGGCUUUUCGUGGAAGGAGGUCGCAGGAUCCACUUCAGAUCACUCAGGAGAUCAAACGAAGGGAUGCAGCCGGCGCUGGAACGGGGAUGGAAUGGUACACGAAAUCAUUUGAUGACUGCAUUCUCGAUGAGGACGAGGAGUGUGCCUUCAAUUCGUCCGAGUACACCUUCAGCCGUGCGAUCCCAUAUUUUUGUGGCCAGGAUCCUCGAUGCCUUGUCCCUCGCAGCCGGUGGGCCCUACAAAGAGCUAAAUUCAUUAUUGAACACGAAUACUCGGUAGUGGGAAUCCUGGAUAAAAUGAACGAAACGCUACAUGUCCUCGAGCGCUAUAUACCGCGCUUCUUCUCAGGUUCAGCAAAGAUCUACUAUAGUAGAGGUUACGGCCGGCGGCACGAAAACCGUUACAUUAAGAGUAAGCCGGCUCUAAGCGACCAGGUGUUGGCGAAAUUGAGAGAUUCGCUGUCGGACGAGUACGAGCUGUACGAUUUUUGUCAACAGCGAUUGUAUCAUCAAUACCAGCAAACCAUCAACACGCAUUAAAACGAAGUUAAAGUCACUUCUGAUCGGCUGCAAGAACACAGAUUUGCUUUAACUAAAACCAUGGAAGUUUAAAUUAGAAGUCAUCAGAGUGAGGAAUAACCUCGCUCUUUGCACCAAAAAUAAGGGGGGGUAAAGGGCAGCAAAUGUGGCAUCUUCGUGUGAGUGUGGAAGACCUUGUUGGGUCCAGUCAAAAGAGAGCUUUAGUUUUCGUCAUUUAGACGAACCAAGAUCGGUAUUCAUGCGGUAGGGCACCUCGUCUAGCGUAAAAAGUGUGUUUGGGAGAGAAACGCAAUAAAUUAGUCACAUUUGACGUGUAAACGUCGGCAAAGCGAAAAAGACGUCGUGAGAAGUACGUAGGGUUGUGGUAAGUUCGAAACAAACUACCAAACUGUUUGUUGAACACAUGUUUUGUUUCUUUCCUGUAAUAA